CUGCGCAUGUGCCGCAGGGCGCGCAGGGAAUCGGGGCGCCGUCCCGGAGCCGGGCGGGGUUUGGGCUACUCGUGAGUUGGCAUCGCUGUCUGAUGCAGAGUUUAAUGGACGUGCUUGAGCUGCUCAAGGUUUGAGAGGCCUAAAGCCAGACUAGAACUUAAAUAGAAUGGAUACAUACUUUAAAGCUGCAGUCUGUGACUUGGACAAACUACUGGAUGAAUUUGAACUGAAUACAGAUGAAUGCGACCUCUCCAGAGCUCCUCAAAAUCCAUAUGAUUCAAAACACCGUUCCCUUCCUCUGGAUUUGGGUUUCUUGCAACAUGUAUACCCAACGCAAAAACCACAGGAGAAUGCUAACAGCUGUCCCGCGUCAGAAGAAAUCUCUCAAGCCAGCCACACCAGACCAAAUGAAGGGAUUCCGAAUUGUUCAUCACAAAAUGAGAGGAGUGUUUCUGGGCCUGAUAUUUUGACCAUUGUGAACAGUGCUUCCUCAGAAGGAAGUCAGGGUUCAAACCUGAAUUCAAAAGUGUAUGAUCCCAGAGAUGAGACAGCUUGUGAAAAAUUGCCUUCUGAGCCACAAGAUGGAAGCAUGUGCUCUCCAGUGAGUGAAGAGACACAUGGAGGAAAUACUGCAGAAUGUGUGACCUUGGAAGAUCAGUGUAAAAUGGAAUCCAUGCCUUCAAAUCUGCCACAUACACAUCAGUUGGACAAAAGCCAUGGAACAUUGCCUGAAAGUCAUGCUUUACAAGGCUCUAUGUGUCAAACAGGGGCUGAAGUAGAACUAGAAGAGCAAAUUACAGAAGAGAAUGUGGGUAGUGAAAAAGUUGCUGGCAGUGAAGUACUAAACAGUGCUUUACCUUUAUGUGAAUCAGUCGAGGAUGUCCAGACGUCACUGCUACAUCUUCCACCACUUCCUGUAUCUCCAUGUGGUUCCUCAGUUGUAACAGAAGAAAAAGUUAAUUCUGUACCUCAGGAUGAAAUAGCAGAGGUUAUUAGUGACACUUUAACAACUGAUCUCUCUGAUUGUGAGUCCUGCAAAGAGACUGACUUACAUGAACAGGAAGGAUAUCUAACUAAAAUCAACCAAAUUAUUGUAGAAAAAAGUGAUGGAGAGACAUGUAAUACUGAGAAUGUAAUUGAUGAUAGUGAUUCUGAUCAAGUCAAAGCUAUUGCUUCUACUUUUAUGGAAUAUGAAGCUGAGCCAUAUGGCAUUGAUAUAGACUGUUACUAUGAUGAAAGUGUGAGCCAAACUGUAGCUAACUUUACUGUUGAGGAGAGUAUUAUUGAAAGUAAUACUCUUGUAAGUGAUGCAGAGCUUGAUGAAUUCUUGUAUGGGCAAAGUCAUCUGUCCAGUUCAUUGAAUUCUUUAAGCAAUAGUAAUAACUUAAUGGCAGCUGACACAGAAAGGAAUCUGGGGGAUGAGAACCUGGAUUUCACACAGGUUACUGAAGAACAUGCUCUGACAAAACUGGAGGAUAUAACUAGCAUCAGUAGCAAUCUUGAAGUCUGUCUUGCGGCCCAUAAGUUGAAACCUCCACCAGAGGAGAGUGCAUUUCAUAUUCAAAAUGUGUCUGAGCGUGAUAGUGAGGCACAGGUUUCAAAGAUUCCUAAUGAAGGUGCAAGACCAAAGCUGUUGUGUGACAGUACGCAAGGAAAUGUUCAGAGACAACUGAAUCAAACACAUGUGCUUGAGAGAGCAGUUACUGCAGAAGCUCCCUUCUCAAGGAACAGCAUUACUUCUGACGAAAAUUCUGAACCUGCUGGGGAAAUUGGCACUGAAGCAAGAAAAACUUUUCAAAGCGUAGAAUCACUAAAAACACCUGCAGCUCUUCUGCAGAAACAGCCGUUGUGGGUUCCUGAUUCAGAGGCACCCAACUGCAUGAACUGUCAAGUGAAGUUCACCUUUACAAAAAGACGACACCACUGUCGUGCAUGUGGAAAAGUUUUUUGCGGUGGUUGUUGCAAACGAAAGUGCAAACUACAGUACAUGGAAAAGGAAGCAAGAGUCUGUACUCGCUGCUAUGAUGAUAUUAAUAAAGCACAGGCAUUUGAAAGGAUGAUGAGUCCAACAGGUCCUGCCCCUAAUUCCAGUGUCUCUGAGAAUUCUUCUGCUCCACCUCUGCAGGAAGCCUGUAUAAGUGGUAGUGCCAGCUGCCCCUUAUUUUCUUCACCAUUACCCAUUUCAGCACUUAAACAAUCUGAUAAUGAAGAGUUAUGCCCCAAAGAACAGAAGAGAGUUUGGUUUGCAGAUGGUAUUUUGCCAACUGGCGAAGUGGCAUAUACAACAAAGCUUUCAUCUGGAGCAAAGAGGUCGUCCCAGGACACAGUACACCCUGAUGUGCCAGAGCUGCAUAUGGGUGCAAAUGCAGAGGAAGAUGACAUACCCACUGAUGUAAAUUCAAAACCAAAAGAAGAAAUGGAUGUUAUCACAAGAACAGAGGGAUUAUGUCCUUCUGUUCUUCCAGAGGAUGCACAACAGACCAUUUCCAGCCAGAGCGAGAUGAUUGAUAGUGAUAAAUCUGUGACUCCAGACACUAAAGAGUGUUCUUCCACCACGGAAUCUGAGAAGGCUAGAACUAAUAUAGCAGAUUGGGCUAAAAGUGAUACGCCUGUUAGUCCUACAAGUUACAGAGCACUUUGUGGUGUUGAAAACUGUGUUCGGAAAAACGUCAGCCUUCUUCCAGAUGGUGAUAAACUGCCACCGCUUCUGCUUGCCAUGGGUGAAAAAGGAAAAGAUCCCCUAGUGGAAGAAAAUCUGUCACACCAACAGGUCGCCUUGCUUCUUGAGAAAGGAGGUGCCAGUCCAUUAACUUUUAUCCUAAAUGCAAACUUGCUUGUGAAUGUCAAGUUAAUAUCUUAUUCUUCAGAAAAAUGCUGGUACUUCUCAACAAACGGGCUACAUGGUUUGGGGCAGGCAGAAAUUGUAGUUCUGUUGCAGUGUUUGCCUGAUGAGAAGACUUUUCCUAAUGAAAUAUUCAAAUUAUUUACUGACAUCUAUAAGAAUGCAGUAGAAGGAAAGUUAAUAAGAAACAUGGAAAAUGUGACUUUUAGUGAAAAUUUUCUCAGUAAUGAAGACCAUGGAGGAUUCCUGUUUGUUUCACCUACUUAUCAGAAACUUGAUGAUUUAAUGCUACCAGAUAACCCUUUUCUUUGUGGUAUUCUAAUCCAUAAGCUGGAAAUACCCUGGGCAAAAGUUUUUCCAAUCCGUUUAAUGUUGAGACUGGGAGCAGAAUAUGGGGUAUAUCCAACUCCUCUAGUAAGUUUCAGACAUCGAAAGCCACUCUUCGGAGAAAUAGGACAUACAAUUAUGAAUCUACUUGUUGACCUUAGAAACUAUCAAUAUACUUUGCAUACAAUAGACAACCUGUUUGUUCACGUGGAAAUAGGUAGGAGCUGUAUUAAAAUACCCCUAAGGAAAUAUAAUCAAGUGAUGAAGGUGAUAAAUUCCUCUAAUGACCAUGUAAUUAGCAUUGGAGCCAGUUUUAAUACUGAAGCAGAUUCUCACUUUGUGUGUGUGCAGAAUAAACAAGGUCACUAUCAUACGCAAGCAAACAGCACUAAUGAACACCCUCGAAAAGUUACAGGUGCAAGUUUUGUGGUAUUCAAUGGAGCCUUAAAGACAUCUUCGGAAUUUCUAGCUAAAUCCAGCAUAGUUGAAGAUGGAUUAAUGGUCCAGAUAACACCAGAGACAAUGGAAAGCCUACGUCAAGCAUUAAGAGACAAGAAAGACUUCAAAAUAACUUGUGGAAAAGUGGAUGGAGAAGGUCUAAAAGAAUAUGUAGAUAUUUGCUGGGUGGAAGAUGAAGAAAAAGCAAACAAAGGAAUUUUAAGCCAAGUGGAUGGAAAAUCGAUGGAAGGAACUCAGAGUGAAAAAAUAGCACACACCAGAGACUUUGAAAGAAAAGGAAAAGUUGUGAAGUGUACUGAAGUGUAUUAUUUCCUAAAGGACCAUGAACUACCCAGUCCUGUUCAUCUCCAGUUUGCUAAAGACAUCGCUGCUGCCUGCUGCUCUGCUCUUUGUCCACACCUUAAAACCCUGAAGAAGAAUGGGAUGAAUAAGAUAGGCCUGAGAGUUUCAGUUGACUCAGAUAUGGUUGAGUACUUGGCAGGAUCUGGGGGUCAGCUUUUUCCACAGAAGUACCUGAAUGAACUGGACAAAGCUCUGAUUCCUGUGAUCCAUGGUGGGAUGUCAGAUCCUGCAAGCUUACCGCUGAAAAUGGAAUUAAUGUUUUUCCUUAUGGAACAUUUAUUUUGAGACCAAUUUCUGGCAAGAUACUGGUUCGCUAGCUCUGAACACCAAAGCUCAGUGCGUCAAACACUAAAGAUCAAAUUUUCUAAAACUGUUUUGAUUUUAAUGGAUUUUGAAACUAAAUUUAAACAAAACAGGAAUCUAACUUCCAUUUGUUACUUUACCACAGAAGCAAGUGUAGUUUGUAAUGUUCUCUAACGUUCUGAAACUUUACACUUAAUACAGCUGCAGAAGAAGGCAGUUGCUUACCUCUGUACACUACUGUAGCACUUACAUUGUUUAGUGUAACUUCCAGCCAUGCUAUCUUGCCUCUUAACAUCAGAUAAGUAUUAAAGAAAUUGCUGCAGUCAGAUCUAA